AUGAGGGACGAGGUUCACUCGACGGUCAACGAGCCUGUCAGCCCAAGCAUCGACGCGACCAGCUUGUCUGCAGACGAGAGACAGUUGAGAGCUCAAGGCCACACCGGUGAACUUCCUCGUCAAUUCGGAACCCUUGCGACAAUCUCGCUAGCCUUUACCAUCACCAAUUCAUGGAUCGGAAUCUCGGCCGUUUUUGCAACUCCUUUGUUCGCUGGGGGUGGGCCAACCGUCUUCUGGGGCCAGCUGGUGGCUGCAGUUGCCUGUAGCUUCAUCAAUGCUGGAUUGGCCGAGCUUGCUUCAGCCUAUCCGUCCAGCGGAGGGCAGUACCACUUUGCCUUCAUGGUGGCGCCACCCAAAUACCGAGCUGUCGUUGCCUUCGUCACCGGUUGGCUGAGUGUAGUGUCUUGGUGGAUGACGGCUGCGUCGGCCUGCAUCUAUUGUGCUCAAGUCUGUGUCAACUUGGGAUCCUUCUUCCAUCCAGACUACGUCUGGACUCAGUGGCAGGUCUACCUGGUCUAUCUGUUGUUGACCUGUCUCGCUGUGGCCAUCUUCGUUCUUCUCCCGGCCUUCAUGCCCAAGACCGAAAUUGUCUUCUUCUUUGCCAGUGUCCUGGGCUUCCUCGUCUUCUUCAUCACCGUCUUGGCGACUUCUGACACCAAACAAUCUGGCCGCACGGUCUUCACAGAAUGGAACAACCAGACUGGAUGGAACGACGGCAUUGCCUUCUUCCUGGGCGUUGGAAGCUGCAUGUACAUCUUUCUCGCCACCGACUCGGCCACUCACAUUGCCGAGGAGAUGCCAAAUCCUUCGAGGAAUGUUCCCCGUGCCAUCGCCAUGACCAUGAUCAUCGGGACUGUUACCAGCGUGUUGUGGACGAUAGCCUUUCUGUUCUCAACCAACGAUCUGGAAGCGGUCUCCGAGUCCUACCUCCCCAUCUUGACGGUCUUCUACCAAGCUCUUGACAACAAAGGGGGGGCCGCAUUCCUGGCGGUAUGGCUUAUGAUCGUAUACUACGGUGCCUCAAUCUCCUGCUUCCUGACCGCCGGACGACUCACCUGGGCAUUUGCACGCGACAAUGGUCUCCCCUUCUCCGGCUUCUUCUCCAAAGUUCAUCCGACACUUAAAGUACCGGUCAAUGCUUCCCUUCUCACCAUGGUCUUCUGCGCGGCAUAUGGAGCCAUCUACAUCGGAUCCACCACAGCAUUCAACAGCUUCAUCUCGCUCUCGAUCCUCGGCUUAAACAUCACCUACGCCAUCCCUCAAGGUAUCGCUCUUUACCGGGGAAGAGACAAAAUUCUGCCGGCCCGUCAGUUCAACCUGGGUCCGAUUCUGGGCCCCUUCUGCAACGCCUUCUCCGUCCUCUGGACUCUCUUCUACACUGUCUUGUUCUGCUUCCCCGUGUUCUUGCCUGCGACCGUGGGGAACAUGAACUACGUCAGUGUCGUUCUCGUGGGAGUAGCGGCUUUGACAUUGUGUGUUUGGUGGGGCGGGAAACGGAAAACCUUUACCGGACCCUCAAUUCAAAUUGAUGGGCUUGAGACACUGGAUGAGCUCAACAAGGCUACCGCCCGGGCUGGCGAUGAAGAAGGAGUGGCAAGCUCGAAGGAUACGGAGAUUGCUCAUUGA